AUGGAGCCAUCUGGGUCCCAGAGGCAUGGGGCCGAGCCCAGCUGGUGGGGUAGCGCCCCCCAGUACCAGUACAUGCCCUUUGAACACUGCACCAGCUAUGGACUGCCCUCCAAGAGUGGCGGCCUGCAGCACAGGCUCCGGAGGGAUGCAGGCUCCCGUCCCAACGCCCGCCCCACACAGAUCUAUGGCCAUCACAAAGCGCAGUUCUCAGACAACGAGCAGGACACGGGGAUGCCCAAGACGAUGGACUCCAGUGCUUCCAUGGACAGCACGGAAGAGGAUCACUAUUCUAAAUGUCAAGGUUGUAUCCACCGUCUGGGACUCGUGAUGAGAAGAAAAUUAGGGGAAGACUGGAUCUUUCUGCUGCUUCUGGGGCUGCUUAUGGCUCUGGUUAGCUGGUGCAUGGAUUAUGUCAGUGCCAAAACCCUUCAGGCCUACAAGUGGACCUACUACCAGAUGCAGCCCAACCUGCCUCUGCAGUUCCUGGUCUGGGUCAGCUUCCCACUCAUCCUCAUCCUCUUCAGUGCCCUCUUCUGCCACCUCAUCUCUCCCCAGGCUGUCGGCUCUGGAAUCCCUGAAAUGAAGACAAUACUUCGCGGGGUUGUCCUGAAGGAAUAUCUCACCCUCAAGGCCUUCGUGGCCAAGGUUGUGGCCCUGACUGCGGGGCUGGGCAGUGGCAUCCCUGUAGGGAAAGAGGGCCCAUUUGUCCACAUUGCCAGCAUCUGCGCCGCUGUCCUCAGCAAGUUCAUGUCCGUGCUCUGUGGGGUGUACGAGCAGCCAUACUAUUACACUGACAUGCUGACCGUGGGCUGUGCAGUAGGAGUCGGCUGUUGCUUUGGGACACCGCUUGGAGGAGUGCUGUUUAGCAUCGAGGUCACCUCUACCUACUUCGCCGUGAGGAACUACUGGCGAGGAUUCUUUGCAGCCACGUUCAGCGCCUUUGUUUUCCGAGUGCUAGCCGUGUGGAACAAGGAUGCUGUCACCAUCACAGCUCUCUUCAGAACCAAUUUCCGAAUGGAUUUCCCCUUUGACCUGCAGGAGCUCCCAGCCUUUGCAGCCAUCGGGAUUUGCUGUGGUUUCCUGGGAGCUGUAUUUGUGUACCUGCAUCGCCAAGUCAUGCUUGGUGUCCGAAAGCACAAGGCCCUCAGCCAGUUUCUGGCGAAGCACCGCCUGCUCUAUCCUGGAAUUGUUACCUUUGUCAUCGCCUCCUUCACCUUCCCACCAGGAAUGGGACAAUUCAUGGCUGGAGAGUUGAUGCCUCGCGAAGCCAUCAGUACCCUGUUUGACAACAACACGUGGGUAAAGCAUGAAGGGGACCCUGAAAGCCUGGGCCAGUCAGCUGUGUGGAUCCACCCAAAAGUCAAUGUCGUCAUCAUCAUCAUCCUCUUCUUCAUCAUGAAGUUCUGGAUGUCCAUCGUGGCCACCACUAUGCCCAUACCCUGCGGAGGCUUCAUGCCUGUGUUUGUGCUCGGAGCUGCAUUUGGAAGGCUGGUAGGAGAGAUCAUGGCCAUUCUUUUCCCAGAUGGUAUCUUAUUUGAUGACAUCAUCUACAAGAUCCUACCUGGGGGCUAUGCAGUAAUUGGAGCAGCAGCGCUGACUGGUGCAGUAUCCCACACAGUCUCCACAGCCGUGAUUUGCUUCGAACUAACGGGUCAGAUCGCUCACAUCCUACCCAUGAUGGUGGCUGUUAUCUUGGCCAACAUGGUGGCUCAGAGCCUGCAGCCCUCCCUUUAUGACAGCAUCAUCCAGGUCAAGAAGCUACCCUACUUGCCUGACCUUGGUUGGAACCAGCUCAGCAAAUUUACAGUCUUUGUUGAGGACAUCAUGGUACGGGACGUGAAGUUUGUUUCAGCUUCUUGCACUUAUGGGGAGUUGCGAAACUUGCUCCAGACCACCACAGUCAAGACUUUACCACUGGUCGAUUCAAAAGAUUCGAUGAUCCUGCUGGGCUCCGUGGAGCGUUCAGAACUGCAGUCCCUUCUGCAGCAUCACCUGUGUCCUGAACGGAGGCUGCAGUUAGCCCAGGACAUGGCAAGGAAGUUGUCAGAGCUGCCCUUCGACGGGAAGGUGCGGCAGGCUGGGGAGGGGCGCCGUGGCGUCCAGGGUCGACCUGAGUCUUUUGCCUUUGUGGAUGAGGAUGAAGAUGAGGACCUCUGUGGGAAGCCCGAGCUGCCUCCUCUUCCUCCUCCUCACUCCUUUCCUACUGCUCCACUGCCCCCCGAAGAGCCCAACGGGCCCCUGCCCGGCCACAAACAGCAGUUGGAAGCACCGGAGCUUGAAGGUCAAAGACCCUCCAUCUUUCAGUCCCUGCUGCGCUGCUUGCUGGGCAGAGCUCGCCCCACAAAGAAAAUGACCCAGGAUUCAGAGGAUUUAGUGGAUAACAUGUCACCUGAAGAGAUUGAGGCCUGGGAGCGAGAGCAGCUGAGCCAGCCUGUCUGUUUUGACUCUUGCUGUAUCGACCAGUCCCCCUUCCAGCUGGUGGAGCAGACGUCGCUGCACAAGACUCACACGCUCUUCUCCCUGCUCGGCCUCCACCUUGCGUAUGUGACCAGCAUGGGGAAGCUCACGGGGGUGCUGGCCUUGGAGGAGCUGCAGAAGGCCAUUGAGGGGCACACCAAGUCUGGGGUGCAGCUCCGCCCUCCCCUUGCCAGCUUCCGGAGUGCAACUUCGACUCGAAAGACUCCUGGGGGCCCACUCCCUGCUGCAGAGGCCUGGAGCCUGCCUCAGGAUGGAAGUGGGGCCACUGGGGCAGGGGAUGUGGCCCCUGCCUCCCCAGAGACCUCUGUGCCAUCCGCCUCCCCAGAGGCCCCUCUCUCCUGGGCUCCGGCCAAGGCAGAGAGUGAGCUGGAGGAACUGGAGCUGGCGGGGGCUCCGGGGCCGGAGGGGGAGCUGGCCGACAUCCUGCAGGGCCCCAGUCUGCGAUCCACCGAUGAUGAGGAUGAAGAUGAAAUGGUCCUCUGAGCGCCUCCCAGACCGCCGCAUAAAGACCAUCCAGAGAGCCAGGCUAGAGGGUGGACCUGUGUGGAAGAGGGUAUUUCCUGAAGCCGGAGAGAUCGCACCGAUAUCCGGCCUCUGCUAGGAAUUUUAAAAUGUCAUCCUGAUCGUGUUGGAGAAGGAGCCAGAAUCUGGGCAGGAGUAGCCUUGGUCAAUCAUUUGGGCGUGUCCCCCCGUCCCCAGACAGGCGGUGGUUGUAACCCCUGCGAAGGGCCCCUGGUAGUCCACGGGCUUCUUGAGUUUGCCUGUGUGCGGGUGGGGAAUGCCUGCCUCUGCCUGGCCCCCCUCACUCCCCCACACUCCCCAGUGUUCUUGUCCCAGUGUCUUCCUGGCCUUGCCCAUCCCCUGUCAGUUUCCCCGGGGGCGGGCGGGGUUAAGGCAGGCCCAGGAUGACUGGUCCUGCCAGUGCCAUGUGGGAGGAGGAGACGGGGUCACCUCAUGGCCUCAUGGACUGAUGACACCAGAGUGUACCUGCGAACUGUCCACAGCCCCUUCUCUCAGAGCCCCCCACCCCGUCCUCCACUUGCCCACAGCCAUUCCCUGAAAUUUGCCUCCAGACUCCAUCCUGGCUCCCACUAUGCCAUUACUAGGGCGGGGAAAGGCCAAUCCCACUUGCCCCUCCUUUGUCCUCCAUUUAAGCAGUGAGGCAUGGAUAAAGAGCCUGUGGGGAACAGCCUGGAAGAGGAAAGGUCGCAGGAAGGCUCUGUGUGAAAGGGGCAGUACCCAACAGUCCUGCGGCCAAUGGAUUUACUUAACUCCCUCUGGCAGAAAUGCCUCCCAUCUCACAUCACAGCUUCCAGUUUCCAGGCCACUGCCUCUCCGCUGUAGUCCUUGAUCUGUCCUGCCCAAGGGUCAGCUCUGCCCUUGAGGUGCUCUAGCUGGGGCUUCUCCUUCCAAGAGUGGGAGCUCAGGGCAGCUGGGCCACUGGUUCACCCAGAGACUAUACCUUCUUAGGGACUGGUUCUUUGUGUUUCUCUUCUAGGGGUUCAGCGUCAAGACGGCAGACCUUUUUGAGGCUUCCCACACCUGGGAAGUCAGAUCCUUAUCGUCCCCAAACCAGCGACAGGGAGACUGCCAUCACCCUGCCUUUUCUAUAAGCGGUCCCAGGUGCUCUGAGCGGCCAGAGACCCUUGCUCCCACCCCCAGGGCUUUUGUCCAUCCCUUCUUUUAUGGCUCGUUUAGUUCUGCAGUUGUGCCCCCUCCCCAGCAUUCUCCUCCUUCCCCACCCUGUGCCCGGCCUCCAUCAUCCCCCAAAUAAGACACUCAUAGCCGAAGGUGCCACCACGUCGUUUAGUGCCAUUGAACACAGCCCGGAGCCCUCUCCAGCGAUACAGCCCUUCCGCCUCCCCAGGCCAAGAGAGAGAGGCUGUAGCCUGGGGAGGGGGGCUGGCAGUGGGCCUUCGAGCCCAAGCCCAUGUGUAUAUAAUCUAUAAUAUUUAUAUAUAUAUUUAUAUAGAAUUCUCUCUGUAAUAUAUGUCAUAGAAUCUCUCUUGGGCUUGGGGUGGAAAUGUCACAUUAAGAAAACAUGCUAAGACUGGCCAUAAAAAUGGAUAUUCCCUAGACCUGGAAGACGGAGUAUGGGAUGUACAGGUGGGGGUGAGAAGAGGUAAUAAACUCAUUCACCAAGA